AUGGAACUCACGACGCUGACUACAUAUGUCGAGAAACUAGAGAACUAUCUACAGUGGGAUCCUAUUCAGAAUCGACAAGGUCAAGAAAAACACCUUUUUGUACAAGCAUUAACUGAGCUUGCUGCUUUACCACUGGAUAGCAUUAAUAUGGAGAUCCGCAGGCUGCUUGUCGUCCCGACUACUGGAACUCUAUCUCAGGAAACCACUUUAAACACAAUAGAUUAUCAUACAGGAAAAGUGGAGACAAGACCAAUGCAUUUACGCAAUGUUAUUGCAGCACUAAGUGCACGUGACGUACUGCUGAAGUGUAAAGCUGCAAAUGCGGUGGGUUCAUUGUGCAUUUCACGGGUUGCUGGCCAACAACUGCUGGAUUUGUAUGGAGACGAGAUACUGAAAAGCGUUUCCAAGAUGGCGAUGGGCAAAAAUCAGUGGAUGCAAGGAGAUGCCUUCUUUGUACUCGGAUGGAUGGUUGUUAUUGCAGACAAAUCCAUGUUGGUGUCAAUUGGAGACCUCCUACCGACCGUGAUCAGAGGUUUGCAUCGGAAUUUGAAGUUAUCCUUGGAGAAAGAAGCUGACGCUGACAAAGAGAUGAAAAAAGUUGCGAGACGGCGGUCCAAAGCGGCGUUAAUCUCGUCGGAGCAAGCCUCAAACUUUCGGAUAUAUGCGCUUGUGCUGCUGUUAAAUUUUAGUCAACGACAUGUAAAUGUAUUUGAAAACCAAUUGGAGAGACUACUGCCGAUGUUACGAGACUUAGUGGCGAGGCUGCUCGAUUCCGUGCCGUAUGCAUUCGUAGACGACGAAUGUACGAUUUCAGACUUGACUACGACGAUAUUUUUUGAUGCAUCCGAGUACGCAGAAGUGUUGAGAUUGACCGUUGCUCUCUUAAGUGUAAUUGCCGAUCAGCUUGACAGUGUCGGUCCUCAACUUUUAGAGCUCAAGGCGUUGCCUUGUAUAAUAAAACUCCAGCGAGUGCCCGAUUUACCUCAAAUUUGUGAACUUGUUGGUGAAACGGCGAGACAAGAUAUUGCUGAGAGAGUAAGAGCAGUUGUGGAGAUUCUCCUCAAAUGUAGAUAG